UUCCCGGACAAGUGGCCGCACUGCCAAAGAAAGCUAAGCUCGUGAGAGCGGAUGCCCUGGAGGCCCAGGGCGGAGGUCAGGGUUGGGCUGGACGCGGCGCAGGCAUCAAGCCGCCCGGGCCUCUGGCGCUCAUCUCCGAGGCUCCUCCCCUUACAGGAACGCCGGAAACUUGCAUUAGGUGGUUCCUAACGGUACGGGAGAGCUUGGUCCUGGUCUCGGGGAGUCGAAGCGUGGAUGUCGUGCGCACAGGAGACUGUAAAGCGGUAUUUAUUAAGCAAAGAUGCAGGGAAAGCUCAGAGUGAGGAGCUGGAUGAGCUGCACUACCAGGACACAGAUUCAGAUGUGCCAGAGCAGAGGGACAGCAAGUGCAAGGUCAAAUGGACCCACGAGGAGGACGAGCAGCUGAGGACCCUGGUAAGGCAGUUUGGACAGCAAGACUGGAAAUUCCUGGCCAGCCACUUUCCUAACCGCACUGACCAGCAGUGCCAGUACCGGUGGCUGAGGGUCUUGAAUCCAGACCUCGUCAAAGGGCCAUGGACCAAAGAGGAGGACCAAAAGGUCAUCGAGCUGGUCAAAAAGUAUGGCACAAAGCAGUGGACGCUGAUCGCCAAGCACCUGAAGGGCCGGCUGGGGAAGCAGUGCCGUGAGCGCUGGCACAACCAUCUCAACCCCGAGGUAAAGAAGUCCUGCUGGACUGAGGAGGAGGACCGCAUCAUCUGUGAGGCCCACAAGGUGCUUGGCAACCGCUGGGCUGAGAUCGCCAAGAUGCUGCCAGGGAGGACAGACAAUGCUGUGAAGAAUCACUGGAACUCCACCAUCAAAAGGAAGGUGGACACGGGUGGCUUCCUGAGUGAGUCCAAAGACUGCAAGCCCCCUGUGUACUUGCUGCUGGAGCUUGAAGACAAGGAAGGCUGCCAGAGCGCCCGCCCCGUGGAAGAGCAGGGAAGUCUUAUGACCAAUUGGCCCCCAGCGCUUCCUGCCAUGAAAGAAGAGGAAAGCAGUGAGGAGGAGGCCACGGCAGCCACUACUUCUAAGGAGCAGGGAGCUGUCCCUGCAGACCUGGGUGGAGUGCGAACACCAGAGCCCUUGGAGGACUUCCCUAAACGUGAAGACCAGGAGGGUUCUUCGCCAGAAACCAGCCUGCCCUACAAGUGGGUGGUGGAGGCCGCAAACCUCCUCAUCCCUGCCGUGGGGUCCAGCCUCUCAGAAGCCCUGGACUUAAUCGAGUCGGACCCUGAUGCUUGGUGUGACCUGAGUAAAUUUGACCUGCCUGAGGAGCCGUCUGCAGAGGGCAGCAUCAGCAACAGCCCUGUGCAGCCAUCACCGUCACAGCAGCAGCAGACACUGCCGUCCCGUCAGCCUGCUUCCACAGUACCCAGUGUGACCGAGUACCGCCUGGACGGCCACACCAUCUCAGACCUGAGCCGGAGCAGUCGGGGCGAGCUGAUCCCCAUUUCCCCCAGCACUGAAGUGGGGGGCUUGGGCAUUGGCACACCGCCUUCAGUGCUCAAGCGGCAGAAAAAAAGGCGUGUUGCCCUGUCCCCUGUCACAGAGAACAGCGCCAGCCUGUCCUUCCUAGACUCCUGUAACAGCCUCACCCCCAAGAGCACACCUGUCAAGACCCUGCCCUUCUCACCCUCCCAGUUUCUGAACUUCUGGAACAAACAGGACACACUGGAGCUGGAGAGCCCCUCACUGACGUCCACCCCGGUGUGCAGCCAGAAGGUGGUCGUCACUACACCCCUGCACCGUGAUAAGACACCCCUGCAUCAGAAACAUGCUGCGUUUGUAACUCCAGAUCAGAAGUACUCCAUGGACAACACUCCCCACACACCAACCCCAUUCAAGAAUGCCCUGGAGAAGUAUGGACCACUAAAGCCCCUGCCCUGGGAUGGAGCUGAUGAGCUGCUGGAGUUGAUGAGCCCCGUGAGGCACUGGUUAACACAGCCCUCUCUUGUUCAGCCCCAGACCCCACACCUGGAAGAGGACUUGAAAGAGGUGCUGCGCUCUGAGGCUGGCAUCGAGCUCAUCAUUGAGGAUGAAGUGAGGCCUGAGAAGCAGAAGAGGAAGGCUGGGCUGCGGCGGAGCCCCAUCAAGAAGGUCCGCAAGUCCCUGGCUCUGGACAUCGUGGAUGAGGAUGUGAAGCUGGUGAUGUCUACACUGCCCAAGGUGCUGUCCUUGCCCACAAAUGUCCUGUCGAGUUCCUCUAGCCUCAUGGUGUCAGGCAUCAAAGAGGACACCAGUCUGCUCAACGAGGGCUUCCUGCAGGCCAAACCGGAGAAGCCAGUGGCUGCCCAGAAGCCCCGAAGCCACUUUCCAACACCUGCCCCUAUGACCAGCGCCUGGAAGACGGUGGCCUGCGGGGGGACCAGGGACCAGCUCUUCAUGCAAGAGAAAGCCCGGCAGCUCCUGGGUCGCUUGAAGCCCAGCCACACGUCUCGGACCCUCAUCUUGUCCUGAGGGGCUUGGUGGUCACGAGCUCAUUCUUAUGUUUACAGGGGGCUGGGGGGACUGAGGUUGGUCUGUGAGUCUGAGAAUCAUACUCGGAUGGCCACCUGCAGGGAGCCUUCUGCCACCAGCCCCUCCUCAGACUGCUCAGGUGGAGGCAGAGCAGGGCCACCCACUGCCUUGUCUCCGAGUCCAGCUGUGGCUGCGGUGGUUCCUGGUGCUAACAGAACAAAGUCCCACCCCUGGGCCUGCCUGGUCCUCUCCCCGGUGCCACAGGGAGUCCCCUUAGCUCCUCCUGAGCCCUUCUUGGGUCUGGCCUCAUCUCAGACCCCUGCUUAGAACAGGGGAUGUGGCCAGCAUGCUCCUUCCCUCUACCUGUUAGUACAUUUUCUUGAAAGAAUAAAAUUCCCUUUUUCCUUAA